UGUUAUUACUAACCUAAAAUUCCCAGACUGUUGAGGUUUUCAUUACCAAGGUUUAUUUGACCUUCUUUUGGAUUCCCAAGAACUUUAAUCAAAACUUUCAUGAGUAAAAUGAUGAGGAGAAUCUGGGCUAAAGUCUAUUUCUGUGCUUCACAGGGAGGACUGCUCAAUUUCGAAAAGCGGCGCAGAGAGUUUGAAGUGAUCGCUCAGAUUAAGCUCCUGCAGUCUGCGUGCAAUAGUUACUGUCUGACCCCUGAUCCCGCAUUUCUGCGCUGGUUUAAAAGUCAGCCACAGUACUCAGAGGAGGAGAGCUAUGCGCUGUCUUGUGAAGUUGAAGGAUUGGGAGACAACAGCCCAACGUCACCGAAACCCCGCAAGAGUAUGGUGAAGAGAUUAAGCCUACUCUUUUUAGGAAUAGACGCCACCAACACAAGCUCUCCUGUAAGAGAGAGCCCUCGAUCGCCUCCUACUGGCAGCUCUGGGGAGAGCAUGGACUCUGUCAGUGUGUCUUCCAGUGACUCAAGUCCUUCAGAGAGUGAAGGCAUGACACCCACACAUUCUAUAGACACUCAUCUGAAGAAGCUGUCCGACUCUUCCUCCUGCACCUCAUUGCACUCCAUGGACACCUCCUCUUCUACAGCCAGCGCUUGCAUAUCUCUGGCCUCCCCGACCCUUCCCGGGCCCCCCUGCAUGUACCGCCACUCGAUCUCGUUGACGCCCAUGUCCCCCACAUCAUCUGGAUUUCCUCCUGCCUAUAACACACAAGCUCAGGAUGCGUGCAUCAUCCGAGUAAGCCUUGAACAGGGAAACGGAAACCUCUACAAGAGUAUCAUGGUUAGUGAGGAAUUAAAUAUUAUUAAUCUACUUUUAUCA